AUGGCCAAUGCACUACACAACGCCGCCAUCUCCACCUUCUCUUUUGGAGACCAAUAUCCCAUUUCUCGUUGCGUUUUUCCAUCUUUAUCCACCCUUCCUCUCAGAUCCAUGCAGAAAGGAAAACACGUGGAGCUGAACAGAAGGGUUUUGGUGGCAAAGGCAAAGACUACGAAUGAUUUUGAUGACAUAGAUGUUGAUAUGUCAUUGAGCCAGAGAGUUAAUGCUUUGAAACCUUCCAAAACUAUGGCCAUAAGUGAUCAUGCCACUGCUCUUUUACAAGCUGGAGUUCCCGUUAUUCGCUUAGCUGCUGGAGAACCUGAUUUUGACACACCUGCUGUUAUAGCUGAGGCUGGGAUGAAUGCAAUUCGUGAAGGUUACACGAGAUAUACCCCCAAUGCUGGAACAUCAGAAUUGCGCCAAGCAAUUUGUCAUAAGCUAAAAGAGGAGAAUGGAAUUACUUAUACUCCUGAUCAGAUUCUGGUCAGUAAUGGAGCCAAGCAAAGUGUUGUUCAAGCAGUGCUUGCAGUUUGUUCCCCAGGAGAUGAGGUUAUUAUUCCAGCUCCAUUCUAUGUGAGUUACCCAGAAAUGGCAAGACUGGCUGAUGCAACACCUGUGAUUCUUCCAACCCAUAUAUCUAACAAUUUUCUUUUGGAUCCCAAACUGCUUGAAGCCAGCCUUAGCGAAAGAUCAAGACUACUUAUUCUUUGUACACCGUGUAACCCAACAGGAUCUGUCUACUCUAAGAAAUUACUUGAAGAUAUAGCCCAAAUUGUAGCAAACCACCCCAGGCUUCUGGUUCUCUCCGAUGAAAUUUAUGAACACAUAAUUUAUGCACCAGCAACUCACACAAGCUUUGCAUCUUUGCCUGGAAUGUGGAACAGAACACUAACUGUGAAUGGAUUUUCUAAGACAUUUGCAAUGACUGGUUGGCGGCUUGGGUAUAUUGCUGGCCCAAAACAUUUUGUUGCAGCAUGUGGAAAGAUUCAAAGCCAACUCACUUCAGGGGCAAGUAGUAUAUCUCAGAAAGCUGGGGUUGCUGCAUUAGGACUAGGCUAUGCAGGUGGGGAGGCUGUUUCUACCAUGGUGAAAGCCUUCAAGGAAAGAAGGGAUUUCUUGGUUGAAAGCUUUAGAGAAAUGGAUGGUGUCAAAAUAUCUGAACCACAGGGGGCAUUUUAUCUAUUCAUUGAUUUCAGCUCUUAUUAUGGAAGGGAAGUUGAAGGGUUUGGUAUAAUUGAGAAUUCUGACUCCCUCUGUCGAUACCUGCUGGACAAGGGCCUGGUUGCAUUGGUGCCGGGGAGUGCAUUUGGAGAUGAUAGUUGCAUCCGCAUCUCUUAUGCAGAAUCCCUUACAACUUUAGAGACAGCCGUAGAGAGAAUUAAGAAAGCACUUAUCCCUCUAAGCUCUGCUGCGCUUGUUUAAUUCAUACUAAUCAAGUGCACUCUUUCUUCUACUUAUUGUGUUCUAUUUUUUUGAGUAAUGCUUAAUUCUCUUCCUAUAUCUUCUUACAAUCUUAAUAUGUGAUGAAAUAAUUGUUAUAUGGAAGAGUAUUGCAUUUAUUGAGUAGGAAAAAUUGCAAGAAUACAUUGUUAGAUAUUUGGAAUUAUUUUAAGAAAAUAAUGCAUUGUGGUUGACUCCACAUCUAAUUACCAUAGCCUCGUUUACGUUUAAAUAUUACCAGUA